GUCUCUACGGGUUUCAGUUAUGACGAAACAACCACUAAUCCCCACAACGACGACGUGUCCACCGCUAAUGACAACUACUUAGCCGUCGAAAGCUUUUUCGUAAAAUAUCCGCAUUUGAAGAAAAAUCCGUUUUAUAUAACGGGUGAGAGUUAUGCCGGCGUUUAUAUACCAAUGUUGGCCACAGAGGUAUUCAAACGCAACUCUACUAUCAAUUUGAAAGAUGGCGAUCGCAACUAUCAGGCUUCGUAUGACUUUGCUUUAGGACACGGAUUAGUGACCACUGAGUGGUACGAGAAAAAGAUUGAGAGCUGCUGUGAGUGUAAGUCUGGUCCUCAACAUGAGUGCGAUUUUAAUAAACCAGUAAAUGUUAGUAAGUGUGAAUCGGUUCCGUUAGCCUUUGUCUCGACCCCUAAUCCAUACAAUAUAUACGACGAAUGCUUUCCUGAUCUUGAGUUGCAGUAUGUAUUCAACACCUACUCUAAGCCACACUUUGACAAAAUGGGUCUCAGAUUCCCAUUGAAUGGAGAGUAUAAGGAAAAUGUGAAUAAACCGAAGUGUCCUAAGAAUGGUCACACGCCUUACCUCAACCAACCAGAUGUACGCAAAGCAUUGCAUGUGAGGGAAGGCACCCAGAGAUGG